UCAGAACUAAAAUGAAAAAUGAAAAAUGAAACAGAGGAUAAGGUCAAAACUUGACAAGUAUAAUUAAAAGAACCGAAACCACGGGCCUUCAAGAGCGCGCAGUAGGCAAUUGCAUUCAAAUUGCAUCCUUAAGAGGGCAUCAAUGAAGGGAUUUGAACUGGCCACAACAAGCUGCCAUUCAAAAGUGAGAAACCAAGCAAGGCAGCAGUAACAGUAGGAGCAGUAAUAUUUGUUGAGCAAAAAACCCAAAUAUUGGGAGUUGAUCACCUUUAUUGUUGAUACCUACCAAAGACGUACCAAUUGAUUGCCAAAAGGAAUCAGAAAUCCGGGCAAGGGAGGUCAUUGGUUCAGCUAAACAGAGAACCAGACAGGAAGAGUUGCAGUGGGGCUCUUUAUCUUCUGGUCAAUAACUGGGCAACAGAACCUGAACUGGAAAACAAGACAGCAGCAGCUAUCUCAGAGCUUCACCACAUGAGUCAUGAGGGCAGGGCAAUCCAUCGUUCUUGAGAACCAGAGACAAAGAGGGUGAACCUGCUCUUUAGGUUGUCGGUUUUGUACAAGUUUUUCAAUAUCUCUCUUGCUCUCAAACCGCUCACUUGUCUCUGCAUUUUGGAAUUGCUCUGCCUCAAAUUUCACUCUCUGGAAAUCGUCAAUGGAGAGUCUCGAGAGAACAAAAGGGGAGAUUACUGAAGAAACCUCAACUUCUCAGGGCGGCGCAUUCUCUGGCGCUGUCACCGGUGUGCCAGGAGAGGAUAGUGUGAAGAAAAACCCUGUGUACCAUAUGAUUCAGUGCUUGGAAAGCCUAAAGCAGUUGAGUUCUGGUGAAAGCAGUCAAAAAGGCGACAAGGUUUUGAUUGGGUGCCAGGCUACUCAAGAUCUUGUUUUGGGCUUGAAGAACAUGGCUUCAUAUCUUCAUGAUUUGCAAAGUAGAGAGGAAUUUAGAGCAAGAGAUGGACCAAAUGUUGUGGUGAGUAUUCUAAAUGAUGGAUUUGGGAACAGAGACAUAGUGUUCAGUGGCUUUGCUGUCGUUGCUGCUGCUUCAACGGGUAACAAGGAUACAAAAGAGUCUUUCAUGAACUUGAAGAUUGAAGAGCUUAUUUUGCAAGCACUUACAAAAAGUAGAGACACAAGAGGUGAAAGCAGCAUUGACUUGAAUGUCAGUGUAUAUGAUGCCAUACAUAUUCUCUUAACAGCUGACGAUACUCGUUUUCCGCCUUCCCAAAUAUGUGGUAAUGCGCGGAAAUUCGCCCAAACUGGAAUUGUAGAAGUUCUGCUUCAAGUUAUGAACACAGCAGCCCUAUCUGAGCGUUUUUUAGCAGCCAUCGCUUUGGACGCUAUUGCUCUCAAUGAUAAAAUAUGUGCAAUCAUAUUUCAAAAGGGUGGUACUGCUAGAGUUCUCUCCUGUCUUCAAAGCAUUCUCCCAGAUACUGAAUUCAGUACUGACCCAGACAAAACAGUAACAAAAGCUUGCUGUUCUUUGCUCUCCAAGUUGGCAGGAAUGGACACCGAUGACAUUAUUUCUGAGGAGAGUUUGGGUACGCUAAUCGACCUUAUUUCUGAACAGAGUUUGGGUACGCUAGUCUACCUCAGCGGGACUCCAUGUUAUUAUGACUCUUCAGUCCUGCAAGAGAUGAUGUCUCUUAUUUCAAUACUCUCCCUAAAAUCCCCUGCCUGUGCAUUUGAAGCCGGGGUUGGAAAACUUACAAUCAAGGUCAUGAAGGAUUUCCCUGCUGCACAAAUACUGCAAUGGAGAUGCUGUCUCAUUAUCCGGAAUCUUGCUGUAAAAAACUCAGAAAACAUAAAAAUUAUGCUCGAGAAUGGUGUCGAAACAUUGAUAAGGCAGGCGAAGCAAACGCAUGCAAUCUGUAAGGAUGCUGCGACAGACGCCCUAAGGCGUCUGGAACUUGAUGAUUACUACGUGUAAUUAUAAAAGAGCCUAUACGUUUUCCCUGUUUGUUUUGGCUUUUGCCCAAGGUCCGUGAUGUAGCGGUUGGUUUUGAUAUUUCAACAGCUGGGAUCUUAUUACUUUAAAAAUUAUAUUUUUCAACGGGGUUAUUUGGAAGAGUUUUUAACCAUGCCAAACGCUAUUAAUGUUUAGAACUGAGGAGCUUUUUAUUCAACUGCCUUUUUGAAGUACAUGCUGCCUGUUUGGUGCUUCCAGUGCUGCAAGAUGUAACAAAUAAAAGAGGUAUUGUGUUCGUUCAACAAAUAAAAGAUUGUACA